CGGAUUUCGCCACGCGAGGGCGCCCAAGUCAAUGUUAAGGUCAAUAGUACAGCUGAUCACCGAUGACAUGACACAGAUGAAUCAGCAUAUUGCAUUUGCGAUAAGACAUAUUAUUGGUCGUAGGCCCAGUAUCAACGUUCACUUUUCUCCACCGACAUAGGCCUACCUUUUCAUCGCACAACAGCUUAAUACAGCAGAACAUUGCCAGGAUGUCGGAAAAACACCUUGAAGCAGGUCAACCUCUACCACCCCUGAAGGAUGGAUCUGUUCGUCUCUUCAGCAUGAAAUACUGUCCUUUUGCACAGCGCUCUCGCUUGGUGCUGAAGGCCAAAGGAAUCAAUUAUGAAGAAAUUAACUGCAACUUGAAAAAAAAGCCAGAAUUCCUCCUUGAACGCCACCCCGAUGGGAAAGUCCCUGUCUUUGAACACAAUGGCAAAGUCCUGAUUGAAUCCAGCAUCAUCUGUGACUACCUAGAUGAGAUUUAUCCUGAUCCACCUCUCUACCCAAAGGAUCCAUUUCAGAAGGCUAAAGAUAAAGUCGUCAUGGAAACCUAUGCUUCAAAGGUUAUCCCAGCCUUUUACAAAGCCAUGGGGUCUGGUGGACAGGAUAAUGAAACGGCUACUAAUCUCAUUGCUGGCCUGACCUUAUUUGAUGCAGAACUAAAGAAAAGAGGAACCCCAUUCUUUGGUGGUCAACAGCCCAGCAUGGUCGACUACAUCACUUGGCCUUGGAAUGAGCGUUUAAUGGUCUCUGACAAGCUCAUGAACACCCUAAAAGCCAAGCUACCAGACCUUGAUGCUUACUUCCAGCGAAUGUUAACUACACCAGCAGUUAAGGCUAUCCUCAACAGUAAAGAGCAGUACCAAAAGUACCAUGAGAGCUCUAUCAGUGGUAAUCCCCAGUAUGACCUGUGACUAGAUAGAGAAGCACUAGGCUUCCUUGUAAAAACACAUUCUAGUCAUCCACAGGCGAAGCUAUAGAGACUAGUCCUAACGGGUGUCGUUGGUGGGUGGUGAGGACUCACUUACCCUGGUAAGAAAAAAAUUGGAAAAAAAGACAAAAGGGGGCAAGUGAAAGAAACCUUAAAUAAAGAAAUAAAGGAAAUAAAAAUCGCAAUUUUGCCUGGAGAAAAAACAACAUUUUAUUCUCCCCUACUGUUAAACUGUAAUUUACCUGGGUAGGUGUCAUUUAAAUGAAUCAGGUGAAUUGAAAUAAGCGGCUUAGCUGUGCGUUUAAACUUGUUUAUAAACUGUGAUUAUGAAUCAGUUUAUUGAUAAGGUAUUCAAUUUUUAUUAUUUAUUAUAUUUUGGUGGAGCUCACUUGGUUUGGAUUGAAACAAACUUUUGAGAGUAAUCAAAUUUACUUAUUGCCAGGGUACGGGUAGGUUUGUUUUUGUGUGUUUGUCUGUCGGGCUUUCUGUCUGUCUAUCUGAAGAACCCAUCUAUUUGUGACAAGACACCUCAGGGGAUCACUCGCCUUCCACAGACAACAGGACUGUUUGUAAACAAAGCAAAGUAACAAAGUCCAAGUAAUUUAUUAAGAUAAACAAAACAAUCAAAUGAAGUGAUAGGGUUGUUGGCCAUAUCGGCUGUGCCUUUAUCCAGCAAAUACAAACCACACAUGUAUUCUCUUUAAACUAUAAUGAGAGAUAGCAAUAUAUUCUACUUGUUUGUAAGCUAUUCUAUUCAGUUGUAUUGGGAAGAAUUUGUAUUUUGCUUUGUUCCGCAUUGACAAAGCAAGAUCUACCUUCAUGUAAUAGCUCACUUUUCGGACUUUUGGGAAAGGAAGUAUUUUUCGAUACACAAUUAAAUUUCCUUCUCUUGUCGCUUGAUUCGCCUAGUCAGUUAACAAAACCGCAAAAAUAGUGAGAAGAUCGACUAUGGAAAUAUGUAAACGUUCGUGAAUUAGUAAAAGUACUUGAGGCUCUCACAAAAAACAGUG